AUGCCCUCCGACAACAAUAAUAUCUCUGUACGAAAUUCACUCGGUUUUACGAAGACCGCACUUGAAGAUACACAGCAGCCUAGCCUUCAACGAACAAACCCUUCCCCUGAUAAUCAAGAGCUGGCAGAGCAACUCGGGCGCCUCCAACUGGUCACACAGCCUGACAGCCUUCCAGAGUCCCAGGAUGUGAUUGAGGGCAGUAAAUCAGAGGCUCGGGUGGGCAUGCUGUUGGGCGUAACGACGACCUUAUCCUCUGCGCCUUCGGAGCGUCUGAAUCUCGCUGGCCAUCACGGGACGGCAACGACGGUGAGCGGUGGCUCUGCUAAUACUGCGAGCACUCCCUUGGGUCAACACUUCCCUCGCACUGCACCUCCGAACAACCGUCCUCCGAAGACUGGCGUUGGAAAGGGGAGUGAUUUUGCCGGAGAUCGCGGGGACUUGGAUAUUGAUAGAGAUGCUUUCGACGAGUUCUCGAGCUGGGUAUCGGGCGAGCUAUCAAACCCGACGACGAAGUGAGUAUGAGCCCAUUCUGUCGGCGGGACCGAAGGAGGGAAGACAGGAAGGAAGGAAUAGAUUAGAGGUCCAAAAUCCUUGUCCG